AUGCCCAAGAGAAAGGUCGCCGCCCUCGAAAAGGUCGAUGCUGACCUGGUCAGCUUGCAGUACAAGAUCAGGAGAGAUCCCAAAUCCUAUGCCCAAGAGUUCUACGACCAGUGGCUCGCAUACGACGCCCAACGACAAAUCUUCAUCUCGUCUCCCUCCUCUGCUUCCAGCGAAGACAACAAGAAAUUCCACGACCUCGUUGACCUCGUCGCCCACGUCGCCGAUCUCUACCCCGAUGUCACCGCCCCCUACUUCGACCACCUCAAGGAACUCUUGACCCAACACCAUGCCGUCCUUAACCCCGAUCUCCGUGAAAAGGUCGUUGGCAGCUUGUCUCUCCUCCGUCGCAAGGAUGUCAUCGACUCGACCAGCCUGCUCACCACCCUCUUCCCCAUCCUGAUCUCGACUCCCUCCAAGUCCCUCCGCUCCCUCCUCUACACCAAGAUCAUCAGCGACCUGCGCGAGUCCAACUCCAAGGCCACCAACCACAAGCUCAACCGCACCAUCCAGACCGUCCUGCACAACCUUGUCACCUCGGACCGCACUUCGACCAAGGGCAUGUGGGCCUGCCGCAUCACCCGCGAGCUGUGGCGCCGCCAGAUCUGGACCGACGCCCGGCCCUGCGACGUCAUGAAGGAGGCUUGUUUAUCCGACAACGAGAAGGUCGUCGUCGGUGGUGUCCGCUUCUUUUUGGGCGGCGACAAGGAGCGCGAGGAGAUGGAGGAUGACUCUAGUGACGAGGAGAUUGACAUUAAGAAGGUCAAGCAUCAGGGCACUAUCAACAAGAAGACCAAGAAGCGCCAAAGGGCCACGGAGAAGGCCAUGGAGAAGAUCAAGAAGCAGGAGCGCAAGAAGCAUGCCCCUCAUCCGCUCAACUUUUCGGCUCUCCACCUCAUCCACGAUCCCCAGGGCUUCGCCGAGCAGCUUUUCCAGAAACAUCUGCAAAAUACCAAGUGCAAGUUCUCCCUGGAUAACAAGCUGCUGGUCCUCCAACUCGUCACCCGUCUGGUCGGUCUGCACAAGCUCACCAUCAUUUCCUUGUAUCCGUGGUUCACCAAGUACCUCACGCCCAAGCAACCGUCCGUCACUUCGUUCCUCGCCUCUUUGGCGCAGGCGACACACAACCACGUCCCUCCCGACGCCAUCGAGCCUCUCGUUAUCAAGAUUGCCAAUGAGUUCGUCUCUGAGGCUUCCGCCGCCGAAGUCGCUUCUGCCGGUAUCAACUCUAUCCGCGAAGUCGCUCUGCGCCAACCGCUCUGCAUGAGCGAGACCCUCCUCCAAGAUCUAGUCAUGUACCAAAAGUCCAAGGACAAGGGCGUAGUAAUGGCCGCCAAGGGUCUCCAGUCUCUUUACCGUGAAGUCUACCCCGAGCUGCUGCAGAAGAAGUUCCGCGGCAAGGAGGCGACCAUGGGAUUGAAGUCGGGCGAGGUCAAGAGGCUCAAGUUUGGUGAAGAGCAAGUGGAGAGUGGUAUUGAGGGUAUCGAGCUUCUCGAGAAGUACAAGGAGGAGCAGAGACUCAAGAAACUCGCUGAGAAGGGUGAGGACGCCGAUGGGGACGCCAAGAUGAAUGAUGAUGAUGAUGAUGAAGACGGGUUCAAUUCCGACGAGUGGGAAGUCGCCUCCAACGAUUCUGAUUCUUCAACCGGGUGGAUCAACGUCGAGCACUCCGACGACGAGGACGAAGGGCCCGCAGCCAAGAAGCAGCGUCGCGACAGCUCAGCGGCUCCUGACCUCAUCUCCGACGAAGCCAUGGCCACCGCCGCCGAAGCCAACCGCAUCUCCAAGCUCGCCAUGACCACGAUCCUCACACCCGCCGAUCUCGCCAAGCUGGCAGAACUCCGCCGGGAGGCCCAAUUAGACAAGAUGACAGGCAACGUCUCCAAGAGGAGACAAGAGCUUAUUGCCAAGCACAUCGAAGACGGCGUUACCGCCGACGACAUCGAGUUGCCUGCGCAGAUUGGCAAGAAGAGCACCAAGGAGGAGCGGGUGGCCAUGGCCAAGGACGGCAAGCCUGGGCGCGAGGAGCACAAGUCUACGCAAGCAAUCAGGAAAUCCAAGAAGGAGGCUGAGGGCAAGUCGUCGACGAACAAGGAGAAGGCGAGAAAGAAGAACUUCUUGAUGACGGUCGGUAAGGCGAGGGCGAAGCAUAAGAGGAGUUUGGUGGAUACCAAGAAGCGGUUGACGGCGCAUAUUGCUAGGAGUAAGAGCGGAGGAAGGAGGAGGAACGGUAUGUAA